AUGACAGGCGUAUUGCAAACAAUCAACGACUUUUCGGCACAUGCAUCAUCGGAUCAAAUGUCUGUGUUGUCACCUCGUCUAUUUUCCGUGGUUCCCCAUAAACCUUCCUCCUCUGAAAAGCAGCUGCUUUCUCCAACAAUACUCAGCUUUCAAAAAGAGGGAUUCUUAUCUAUGCAAGAACUGUUCGAGAUGGCGACCAUGAACGAAAAGCAACAAAAUUUGCUUUUGGACAUGAUAAUGGAUGUCAGUGGCGCUGGUAAAGCAGUCGAGGAGACUCUUGCUAAGAUAAAACCGGAGAUAGAAGACGUGAAAAACGUCAAGCUUCCUCUUGUGCAAGAACUGGCUCGAAAACAUGACCGAUGGUUACGAGCACAUGCUAAAUUCACAAAGGAGCAAAGACAGGAGUACGAGAAAAAUGGAUUUGCGUUUAUGAACGGAGACCAAUUAAAGUUGGUCUAUGACUCAGAAGAGCAGAGGCUUUAUGGCAUUAAUAUCACUGAGCUAAGUCGGAUGACAAAAGAAGAGAAAAUAAAGAGAAUUGAACGUGAUAUCCGCAAAUUAGCCACUCUGGACCGACCACUACCUCAGAAGCCUGUACCGAGUUGGGGCCCAGUGGAAUUCGGUGAACUAUCGGAGUUAUUUGCCAAUGAAGCCAUUUCAGUCCGUACCCGACGUCAAGCGUCAGGACCACCGGAAGGUGAUCCGCCGAUACCCGGGGAAAGUGAGCAAGAACUAGAAGAAAGAGGAGUACGAAUCAACGGUAUACUUUUCCAAACGUUGGAACCCUACGCUUUCGAACCAGAAAUUGGUACUGGUGCAGCACUAGAAGUUAUUACAUUAUCUCCGCAUGCUUUCAUUCCGGAGAUACUGUUCCCGAGAGCUUUUAGGCAAGAAACAUUGACGCCACGUGCCUUCAUUGGUGCAGUUCUAUCACCUAACGCUCUUAUGGCCCGAAUACUUUCUCCUACUGCUCUACGUUUGGAAAUACUCUCGCCUCGAGCAUUGCAUGCAUGGGUUCUCAGUCCAGAAGCUCUUUUGGUGGAGAUACUUUCUCCACGAAUGCUCGAUCCACGAGUGCUUUCUCCCAUGGCUUUGAUUGUUGAAGUCCUCAGCCCAGGAAUACUCUCUCCUUUUGUGGGGUCCGCUGAGCUUGGAUCAGUUCUUGUUCUUAGUCCACACGUCUUGUCUCCUCGUUACAAAAGUCCCGAAAAAAUGGUUAUUGAGGUGCUGUCACCUCACAUACUCGGAGGUCCUCACUCUCACGAAGAAGCCUUUCAUCAAGUUACCGAAUUUGGAUCUCACAGUCCUCAUUAUCACGGUGACUCUUCCCAUGAAAGGGAGGAAGGUUCACACCAUAGCCACGAACUCGAUAAUGAACUGUCACUGGAAUCAUAUCCAGGACUUUCAAGCAUUACAGGCCAUAUUCGUCACCGACAUGGUGGUCAAGGUGACGCUCGCACCGGAGAGCUUUUCCCUGGAUUGGCAGAUUUGUUGGGAGGCUCUCAUGCAGAAAACGAUCCACUAUCGGAAUUGUUGGGCCUGGGAGCACACAGUCAUCAUAAUCACGGGCCUUCUCAUGGAUCUCACGGAUCCAAUGAACAAGAGCAUGAAUCUCACGGAUCUCAUGAACCUCAUGGAUCCCAUGAAUCUCAUGGAUCCCAUGAACCGCAUGGAUCCCAUGGACACCAUGAGCCAGAGCUAUUCCCCGGGUUUUCCGAACUAUUCGGAGGUGGUGGCCAUGGUGGGUCUCAUGAGCCUGAACUAGCCGGACUUUCCGAACUAGUCGGCUUCGGUCACGGUCAUAACCACGGUGGUUCCGAACAUGGAAAUCAUGGCGGGGGAGACUUAUUCUCCGAACUGUCAUCAUUAUUUGGCGGACACGGUUCCCAUUCCCCUCAGCACUCACACUCUGCACAUGGAAGCCAUGCUGGAGCACACAGUUCUCAUGAAUCGCACGAAAAUCAUGAAGAAUCAGUCCCGGGUUUACCACCUCUUAUCCACAUCGUGAAUCCAUUACGGCAAUAA